AUGGGUGUUCAAGGUUUCCAAGAAUACAUUGAAAAGCACUGCCCCAGUGCCGUGGUGCCGGUUGAUCUCCAGAGGCUGGCCCGGGGAAGUUUGGUUGGAGGUGGCCGUCAAAGACCCCCCCAGAGUCCGCUGAGACUCCUUGUGGACGCCGAAAACUGUCUGCACCGGCUUUACGGAGGCUUCUACACCGACUGGGUCAGCGGAGGCCAGUGGAACCACAUGCUGGGCUUCCUGGCCGCCCUCUCCAAGGCCUGCUUCAGCGGCAACAUUGAGCUCCUGGUGUGCUUCAAUGGCGCCCUGGAGAAAGGCCGCCUUCACGAGUGGGUCAAGCGGCAGGUGAACGAGAGGCAGACCGCUCAGCAGAUCAUCAGCCACGUCCAAAAUAAGGGCACCCCGCCGCCCAAAGUCUGGUUUCUGCCGCCCGUGUGCAUGGCCCACUGCAUCCGGCUGGCUCUCCUGCGGUUCCACGUCGCGGUGAGUGAAGCCCGGCCUGGCGAAUUCAGCAUCUCUUCUGGAAGAGAUGGAUGCCACACGGACACUCCAGACCUGAUUGUCCAGAGCGUGGAGGACCACCACUUGGAAGUAAUGGCCUUAUGCCGGGAGGGCGGUUUCCACGGCCUGGUGGCCUACGACUCCGACUACGCCCUGAGCAACAUCCCCUUCUACUUCAGCUCCCACACCCUCAAACUGAGCCGCAACAGCAAGAGCCUCACCACCAGCCAGUACCUGAUGCACGAAGUGGCCCGCCAGCUCGAUCUCAACCCCAACCGCUUCGUCAUCUUCGCUUCACUUUUAGGGAAUCACAUACUGCCUGAUGAAGACUUGGCUGCCUUUCAUUGGAACUUACUCGGCUCUGAGCACCCAUUAGCAUCACUAAAGUUCCCUGAGUGUUUGCUUCCAGCUUACCUCAGCACAUCCGCUCUUCCUCAGGUGCGUGCUCACCAGCUCGUGCUCCCACCCUGCGAUGUAGUGAUCAAGGCCGUUGCCAACUACGUCCGCAACAUCCCGGACGUCAGCGACCUGGAGGCCAUCUCUAAGGACAUCUUCAAGUAUUCGCAGUCUUGCCCCGAUGACAAAGUCAUUCGCUUCAAGAAGGCAGUGGAAUACUAUUCAGAAGCCAGCAAACCACCUCACUUCCCUCCACAAUUAGUCAGACCAAAACACAUGGGAGUGCCCGUGGCAGUGCUAUCUCCUAAAGUGGUCAACAUUCCACAGGCAUCGCUGCCUGCACAACCUGGGGUCCAGCACUCGUACCCGGAGCCUCUCGUGGAGCACAGUCUGUCUCUGGAUUCAGCCGAGAAAGACCUCCCAGAGCAAAACAGCAACAUUCCUCACGAGGGGAAGCACACACCGCUGUAUGAGAGGUCCUCUCCCAUCAACCCCGGCCAGGCGGGCAGCCCCAACCACACGGAGGCCGCCUUCUUCAACGCCUCCUCCACGUCCUCGUCCUCAGAGAACGACGAGAGCCUAGGCACAACUGCCAAAGUGAAGCUAACGCAGCUCUGCCCGCAGGUGGACCUCUGCGGGAGCUCUGCUGCGGGCCCGGGGGCGCAGGCCAUGGGCCUCCUGAGCCUGAACGCAGCCAUCCCCUCCCUGCUCUCCAUGCCCACCCGGAACCACAUGGACAUCACCAUCCCCCCUCUCCCCAUCGUGGCGCCGGAGGUCCUGCGGGUGGCUGAGCACAGACACAAGACGGGCCUCAUGUACCCCUACAUCUACCACGUCCUCACCAAGGUGCUCCCCGCUGUUGCUUCUUCUGGUUUGGCGCGCUGUUUGCGCGUGGGGGGGGGGGCGUGGCGCGGUACUGAGGUGACGCUGUGUUUGCAGGGGGAGAUUAAGCUGUCCGUCACCAUCGAAGAUGAAGCCAACAAAGACCUGCCUUCAGCAGUGCAGCUGUUCCGCCCCAUCCGUCAGUAUGUUUACGGGGUGCUCUUCAGCCUGGCCGAGGCCAGGAAGAAGGCCGAGAGACUGGCCGUGAGGAAGAACUGCCUCCCCGAGUGUGAGUCCAGCGAUCGGAGAGAUUAUCGGUGCCUCGUAUAUAUUAUUUUGACAGAAACCUAUUCCAGUGGGUGCUUCUUUGAGGCCCUGACUGCCCCAUGA